AAUCGCCCUGCUCGGCUUCCUUACCGCUACCCUCUCGGUGCGGAAGUGUUGUCCUCAGCUGAAGAGCAGCAGCAGAGCCGGAGCUGCCUCUGUUUGGACAAACACUACGCUGGUUUCACUAGCAGGCUUUUUCUGUUUUUUUUUUGUGUGUCCGUGUCUUUCCUGUCGGGACUUGUCAGCGCUCCUCUUGACCGUGCAAGCAUAGCAGUAUUAUGCGAGCAGCGUGCGGUGUGUGGGAGCACCGUGUGAAGUGAGUUUCCUUGAAUCAUCUAUAUGGGCCAUCUUCUCUCGAAAAAUGGUUACCGCCUGAAGAAGAGGACACGCAAGUUGCAUCACAGGAAGAAGAAGAAGAGGAAUUGUUUCCUGCAGCUGCCCUGCAUGCUCUGCUUCAUUGUCCACAGCAACAGCACCGGUCUUGACGACGACAGCGACCACUUGGAGGCUGGGGUCAACGGCAGCGUGUGCCGCCACAACAGCAUCACCGGAAUAAGUGUCCCUGGUGUGGGUGGAGUUGGCAUCGGAGCAGCCGCUGCCUCAAAGCUCGCUGAGCGAUACGCAACACUUGCAUCUCCUGAGGACUGCUCCAAGUUCCUGUUGUCACCACGGGAGUUGGCUAUCUGGGAGGGCCAAGGGAGGAGCCUUUUAUCAGCUGUUCCUGCAAAACUGAUUCCACCACCGGCGCUGUUCAGAACCGCUGGGGUGUCUGUGACCGUGCCCAUACCUGUACCUGUGCCUGGCUGCACCAGCGACUACACUGAGAUGGUGUGUAAGAGGAAGUGCUCAGAGGUGCAGAGGUGCACCCCAUGUAAGCAGCCGCGCUGCACCUUCGCUGCCCCCGACGGAGGGCUGGAGAACAGAGGAGUGGGUGGAGGUGGGGGAGAGGCUGCCUCGAACUCUGAAACCGGCCAUUGCCACCUUCCCCUCUGUCCACUUCCCUCCUCCUCCACUUCUUCUUCCUCUGCCUCCUCCUCUUCCUCCUCACCUGCUGAUGGUUGCUGCGGGUUGGGUCUUCAUGCAGAUUUGCCCCACAGUUCAGACUCAUCCCCCUGCUGCCUGCAUCAUUAUGACGACUGCCAAGCAAGAAGUUCUGACGCUGCUGACCACUUAAGUAUCAACCACCUGCCUUCCUCCAUCCUUCUUAAGGUGCUCUCCCACUUGACAGUGAAGGAGCGCUGCCUGUGUGCCUCUCUGGUGUGUAAGUACUGGAGGGAUCUCUGCUUGGACUUCCAGUUCUGGAAGCAAAUCGACCUCAGUGGCCUACAACAAGUUAACGAUGAUCUCCUGGUGAAAAUAGCCACACGGAGGCAGAAUGUGACAGAGAUUAACAUCUCGGAUUGCAGAGGGGUCCAUGACCAUGGUGUGUCCUCUUUGGCCUCACAUUGUCCAGGCCUGCAGAAGUAUACAGCAUACCGCUGCAAGCAGCUUGGUGAUAUGUCCCUGUCUGCCUUGGCUACACACUGCCCUCUGCUGGUGAAGGUGCAUGUGGGCAACCAGGACAAGCUAACAGAUGAAGCACUAAAGAAGCUGGGGGAGCACUGCAGUGAGCUGAAAGACAUCCACUUGGGUCAGUGCUACAGUAUCACAGAUGAAGGCAUGGUGGCCUUUGCUAGAGGAUGCCGUAAACUGCAGAGACUUUACUUGCAAGAGAACAAACUGGUCACUGAUCGGACUGUGCGAGCGGUUGCAGAGCAUUGUCCUGAGCUGCAGUUUGUCGGCUUCAUGGGAUGCCCGGUGACCUCUCAGGGAGUCAUCCAUCUUACAGCGCUUCGAAACCUGAAUGUCCUAGACCUGCGGCACAUCUCAGAACUCAACAAUGAGACGGUGAUGGAGGUGGUGAGGAAAUGUCACAACCUCAGUUCCCUCAACCUCUGCCUCAACUGGAGCAUCAAUGACAGGUGUGUGGAAAUCAUCGCCAAGGAGGGAAGAAGUCUGAAGGAGCUCUAUCUUGUGUCUUGUAAAAUCACAGACCACGCUCUGAUAGCCAUAGGCCAGUAUAGCAGCACCAUAGAGACCGUGGAUGCCGGCUGGUGUAAGGACAUCACAGACCAGGGAGCCACACAGAUCGCUCAGAGCAGCAAGUCCCUUCGCUACCUGGGCCUCAUGAGAUGUGACAAGGUUAACGAGGAGACAGUGGAGAGGCUUGUGGUCCAGUACCCUCACAUUGUUUUCAGCACGGUGAUGCAGGACUGCAAGAGAACCCUGGAGAGAGCUUAUCAAAUGGGCUGGAGCCCCAACACAUCAAACACUUCGUAGCUACUGCUGGAUCUCACACAGCCAUACAUACACACACAUACACACAAACACAUAGCUACACAGAGGCUUUUUUUGUGCACAGACACAAAUGCACAAUAUUUGCAGCCCGGUCAUGUUUGCUUCUCAUCCACUGUUCAAACAUGCAUGUGAACAUGUAGCUAUACACUCACAAACAAAGGUCCAGUUCAUCAACUGUUUCAUUUGACACAAAUCUCUCAUUUUAAUAAUUUAAGUAAGGUUGACCUCCUGGUAUUUUAUAAUUGAGACUUCAUACACAUACUGUACCUCUCAUAAAUUAUAGUCAACAACUGACUCAUUUCAUCCUCAGCUCAAAGUCAGAUUACAUGCAAGAAUAUAGUGUACUUUCUUUGACCAGAACUUGUUUUGGUUCAAAGCAGCAGCCCAACAAGUGUUAUUUGAUGUCUACUUUAAGUGAGUGUUACUUAGUUCAUAGCUUCAUAAAUUUCACAGAACCAAAUUUAAGUGUCCUCCACUUCACCUUGGAUGGAGUGAAGGUGAAGAUGCAUGAGAAUGGAGGGGCGGUCUGGUCUUGAACAUGUGAAGAAGAUCCGAACUAACGCAUCAGUUAAUCACAGACAUUCAGCGAUGGUCGGACCAGAUUUGUUUUUAAUCAAAAUAGAUUUGUCGCCCCUAACUGGAAACAAUGUUCAUGAGCCCAUGUCAGCCCUCUGUGCGGUGUUUACUUCCUUCAAAACUGAACUCAACUGCUGCAGUGAGACCGCACAAAGGCAAAGCAGAGACUUAGAGAGAACUUGGAGACAACAUACCGCAACUUCAAUCCGGAAGACAACUGAACUGCCAGGGCUUCAGACACCACAUGAGGCAUUUUGAGAAACCUGUGGUGUUUAUUUUGUCCAAUUAGAAGAUUUUUUUUCUUUCAUGGAUGUUCAGUACAGUGUUAAAAAGGCAUUUGUGGACUAGUGUUAAGAUUGUUGACAGGGCUCUAUUUGAAGGACAAAGCUCUUCUCUUCUUCGUCUGUGACUUAAUAUGCACAUCAUCAUGGUACAGAAGAAAGAUUCAGGCCAGAAUCAGCCCCUGGCAAAUGCAUGGCAGGAAAACAGCAUUGAUUACUUCUCAAAAACUGCAUGUUUACAUUGAGAUCUUCACCUUUAUUUUUUUCAGCUAAAGAGAUUGUCUGCAGAUGUUUUGAUAUUGAAAUCAGCCUCUGUAUGACUUGUGAACAAUGCUGCUUUUGAUGUCAUGCAUAGAUUUAGGGUUGACUGAGCAUCACCUUGAGUCAGUAAAGAAUGAAAUCAAACUGUGCUUGAAAUAGAAGUUGCCUUUACCUAAAAAUCCUGGGUCAUGUUAUCAGAAUAUAUUAACCACAACCACCGUGAUGACAGGUCAGAGGAAAUGUUGCCUUAAGUGGUUCGUAGGUAAUUGCCAUCCAAUUAGCAACUUGGAACGGACCCAGAAUUUACUAAAGAAAUGUUUAUCUGCUCUGAGUUUAUCUGAUACCAUAUUCCUGUUAUUUGAUUUAUUUAUAUAUAUAUAUAUAUAUAGAUAUAUAUAUACUGUGUGGGAUUUACUUAGCCUAAUAUUGGUUUUGAGCAUAUACUUGUAACAUUAUCUAUGUAGCAAUGCAUUGAGGGAUUUAUCUUUCUUAGUGGUGUAGGAUGUAAAGAAAAACUGUCUUGGGCCUAUAACCAAGGUCAAUACAACUUUGUAGGUAGGACUUUGACUUUAUCAUUUUUCAUUUAUUCAGUAGAAACUCAGCAGUGUACAGUUAAAAAUGCAAAUAACCAGGGUAUUUUUCUAUGGUGUGAACCAGCUCUGGCCUCCACACACUGUCACUCAGAUAUGAACAAUAGCUUACUGAGCUUAGGGUUUGAAUAAAACUGUAAACUUUCUACAGCAUAUAGAGAUUUCAGACAAGUAAAAACAUGUUCAUUCUACCCUUGUCAGGAUUUGUAGACUUUAAUCGAUGGAGAGCUUCUCCCUUGGCCUGUUUUUGUUCUGUUUCUGUUCUUUUGUAAUCCCCAUAUGCACUUUUUCUCUGCUAGAUGUUGACACACUUGAUUCCUGAUUUGUUAAGGCAACCGUAAAUGACUGGAUUUACAUAAAGAUGAAUAAAACACUACGACUUCAAGCCUUUUUCUCUCUUUUCCUUUUGUAUGUGUGGAAUUGAGGCAGGAGAAGAAUAUUCAGAAUGACAGUGGAAUACUUUUCCGCUCAUUUUACAUCAUCUGCAGACUGCUUAAAAUUUUGUUCCUGCAGGUUUUUCCAGACUUUUCCAGUAUAUUUCAACACUAAGACCACAGCGACUAUAAUGAUGGACAUGGUGAAAUUUAAAAUUAAAACAGAUUGCAUCUGUGUUCUAGGUAAAAAAAAAAAAAAAAAAAAAAAAAAAGAUACCAGCAUGUUUCCCAUCACAACCAAAGGCCUUGCGUCUGUAUUGUUAGAAAUAAAGAUGUUUUCUACAGAUAUCCGUGCACUAAUAAUGUUUUUUUCUAUUGAGCACCAUGACACAACAGUCAACCUGCAUUUCCAUUAAGGUACACUUGUAAUGUCAGGAUCAGAUCUAUUGUUACAGGAGCUUCACAUCUGAGACAAAGCGAGGAAGCAUCAGCUUGCUGCCGAGCAAGAGAGCCUCAAAAAAAAAAAAAAAACAUGUCACUCAAUACGUCCCUAGUCUUUGACAAUAU